CCUUUCCAACUCUCGCCCCUGGUUUCCCGAGCUGCCAACGUCUUUUACGCCAUUGGUUAACCCUAACUCUCAGAUUUUGCUAUAAUUGGAUCGUGGAUAAAGCUCCUGUUCUUGUCCCCAUUUCUCCUUUGGUUCUUUCCUCCUGGUAAGAAUCCGCUCUCCUUUUAUGUUGCGCAUCGAUUCGUUCUUCUCUUUUUUUUCUCGGUCGCCCUGAGAAAUUUGAUCGCCGUUGAUGAGACUCCCUGUAGCUAUCCACCCCUGAUUCCUGGAUUUGGUCUGUUCUUUCUAGGCUUUGUUGUUUCUGGGAAGGAGAAGACAUGGAUUUGGAAUUUUAAGAUUGUUGCUCUGUAGAUUGCGGAAUUUCUGUACAAAGCUCCUUUUUUUUUCUCGUUAAAGUUCGUUGCGUCUCGGAUUUUUCUCGAAUCCUAGGCGAAAGAUGUCAUCAGCUGGUGUUACGCUAAGCCCGGUUCGUAGAGAGCCGCCUUUGCCCCUUGUUCAUGCGAAUCCUUGCGCGGAUCCCUACCCGGACGAGUCCAUUUUGGUUUAUCUUUCGCUCCCUGGAACCGUGAUCCCAAUGCGGGUGCUUGAGUCUGAUUCAAUCCAAUCGGUUAAGCUCAGGAUUCAGUCGUAUCGUGGGUUUGUAGUAAGGAAUCAGAAGCUUGUUUUCGGAGGCCGUGAAUUGGCGAGGAGCAAUUCCAAUAUUCGGGAAUACGGUGUGAGUGAUGGAAACAUUCUGCAUCUGGUUCUCAAGGUUUCUGAUCUUCAGGUCAUCGAUGUUAGGACCACGAGUGGGAAACACUACACGUUUCAUGUGGAAAGGGGGAGAAACAUUGGGCAUGUGAAAAAGCAGAUUGCAAGAAAAGGCAAAGACUUUGAUAAUCCUGAUGAACAGGAAAUUCUCUACGAAGGUGAGAAACUGGAGGACCAGAGGCUUGUGGAUAACAUCUGUAGAAACAAUGACUCGGUUUUGCAUCUGGUGGUGCGGAAACCCGCAAAAGUUCAUCCUAGGCCUGUGGAAAAGAACUUCGAAUUGUCUAUUGUUGCCCCUCAAGUGGAUGAUGGAAAAUUUUGCGAUAUUCCUAAAAAGACCAAUGGGAUAGAACGUGAUGUCAGUGAAGAAACCGGUGUGAGAGGUGGGGAAGCUGAUGGCAUUGUUCUGCCAAGGAAGCCUUCGGAUCGUCGCUUCUCAUUGGAGCCAGUCAUUGUUAAUCCUAAGGCCAAGUUACCUUCGGUGAUCUCAGAAAUGGUAAUGUCUGCUUCUGAUGGACUGGAAAGUGGUAACUCGCCAGUCAGAUCGAGAGAGGGCACAGGAGGAGCUUAUUUCAUGCAGGAUUCAUCUGGCCGGAAGUUUGUUGCUGUAUUUAAGCCAAUCGAUGAGGAACCAAUGGCUGUCAAUAAUCCUCAUGGGUUACCGGCUUCACCCAAUGGCGAAGGUUUGAAGAAAGGGACAAAGGUUGGAGAAGGGGCACUGAGGGAAGUUGCUGCUUACAUUUUGGAUCAUCCCAAAGGUGGACACAGGUCUUUGUACGGGGAAGAGAGGGGCUUUGCUGGUGUACCUCCCACAACAAUGAUCAAAUGUCUUCAUCAUGGAUUCAACCAUCCUAAAGGAAUAAGACCCAAGAUGGGAUCUUUACAGAUGUUUAUGGAGAACAGUGGCAGUUGCGAAGAUAUGGGUCCAGCUGCAUUUCCGGUUGAGGAAGUGCAUAAGAUCUCUGUGCUGGAUAUUAGACUGGCAAACACGGAUAGGCAUGGUGGGAACAUAUUAAUGAGUAAGGAGGAAGAUGGAAGGACUGUUCUGGUUCCAAUCGAUCACGGUUACUGCCUGCCUGAAAGUUUUGAAGAUUGCACAUUUGAAUGGCUUUAUUGGCCUCAAGCCAGAAAACCCUUUUCUCCUGAGACUAUGGACUACAUAAGAUCAUUGAACGCAGAGGAAGAUAUUGCUCUUCUGAAGUUCCAUGGAUGGAACAUACCGUUUGAGUGUGCCAGAACACUUCGAAUCUCCACCAUGCUUCUGAAGAAAGGAGUUGAAAGAGGACUAUCUGCUUUCGACAUUGGGAACAUAAUGUGCAGAGAAACAUUGACCAAGGAGUCUCUUCUGGAGGAGAUGAUAUCAGAAGCUCAGGAUUCUCUGCUCCCAGGCACAAGCGAAGCUGCAUUCCUCGACACCUUAUCUGAUCUGAUGGAUCAUCAUUUCGAUAAGAUCGUUCAGUGUCGGGCAAUGUAGGGUUGGUGUGAAUCCAUUAUCCAUACCCGUACAUAUGAAAAGGACAGGAAGAUGGUGAAAGUGUUGGUGGGUUUGUCUAUAAACUUUGUCUGAAAUGGUGUUUUACCCUCAUUCUAUCAUUUUCUGGACAUGUUCUGUGAAAGAUGCUGCGAAGUCAUUUGUCAUUUCUAUGAUACAUUCUUUUUCAGGCAGUGACA